AUGGCCGAAGCAACAAUCGAGCCCGGGGCGCCAAACCUCAACCUAACCCCGGAAGAGAAGCGCGUAUACGGACAACUGUUUCGGCAAGCUGACUCCGAUAAUGUUGGCGUCGUCACCGGCGAAGUCGCUGUCAAGUUUUUCGAGAGGACGAAAUUGGAUUCAAGGAUUCUGGGAGAGAUCUGGCAGAUUGCCGACAAGGAGAACAGAGGCUUUCUCACUCCCGCUGGCUUUGGCAUCGCUCUGCGACUGAUUGGUCAUGCGCAGAAUGGCCGCGAACCUCUUCCCGAGUUGGCCUUCCAGCCCGGUCCCCUCCCCCGAUUCGAAGGCUUCACUCCGACCCCUCCGCCACCUGCGCCUGGCGCUCUUCAAGCGCAACCCACCGGUGCUCCGGGUCCGAUUCGCAUUCCGCCGCUCACUCCCGAGAAGGUCGCUCAGUAUGCUGCCUUGUUCGAGCGCCAGAACCUCCAGGGCAAUAUGCUCUCUGGCGAGGAAGCCAAGAAGAUCUUUGAGAAAUCCGGUCUUCCCAACGAUAUCCUCGGUCGCAUCUGGAUGCUUGUCGACUCUGAGCAACGCGGUGCUCUUGUCCAGACGGAAUUCAUCAUUGCCAUGCAUCUUCUUACCUCCAUGAAAACUGGCGCCUUGCGCGGUCUGCCUAACAUUCUCCCUGCAGCCCUCUAUGAAGCCGCAACCCGUCGGCCAUCUAUCGGCGCUAGCAUCCCGAGACAACAGUCACCGACGACGGCUACCCCGCCUAUCCCGGCCAUCCCACGGCAGCUCAGCGGACAAGCGCCCCUCCAGCAGAUGCGGACAGGAAGUCCCCUUGGGCGUCCGCCGACCAUGUCAGCGCAGUCAACCGGAGGUGACUGGCUGAUCACACCGGCUGACAAGGCACGUUUCGAUCAGCUCUUCGACGAAUUAGAUAAGGGGAGGAAAGGCUUCAUCUCGGGCGAAGAGGCUGUCCCGUUCUUCAGCCAGUCAAAUCUCUCUGAGGAUGUCCUCGCGCAGAUCUGGGAUCUGGCCGACAUGACCUCGGCUGGUCGUCUGACAAGAGACGAGUUUGCUGUCGCCAUGUAUCUCAUUAGGCAGCAGAGAAGCAAGGCAGGCGUUCCGCUGCCCACAACCCUGCCCCCUAACCUGAUUCCCCCUAGCAUGCGCGCUCAGGUUCGCCCGGCUACGGCAACCUCGGCCUUUGAUGUUCCGCCAAAGCCUCAGCCAAAGCCCCCAUCCGCCAUGGACGAUCUCAUGUCUAUUCUUGACGAUCCUCAGCCCGCGGCGCCGGCACCGACUCAGGUGCCUACAACUACUGGCGGCUCAACUGCCACUGAUCCGUUUGCAACUAGCGUCAGCCCUCCGGUCCCGUCCUCACCCACGAGGACAUCACCCGCCACCUCUUCGACGACUUUCAAGCCGUUCGUUCCUACAUCAUCUUUUGGCCGCAGCCUUACCGCUCAGGCUACUGGCGGCUCUAACGCCUCGUCUGCGGCCAAGCCUGCUGCCACGGAGGAUGAUCUGCUAGGUGACGCCGAUCCCGAGGUGAACAAGCAGACCACAAAUGAGACCAUGGAGUUGGCCAACUUGUCCAACCAGAUUGGGUCUCUGACGAAGCAGGUGCAAGAUGUACAGGCUCAACGCACAGCCAUCCAGAACGAGCUGAGCCAAGCCAGUAUCCAGAAGAAGAACUUUGAGCAGCGGCUUGCUCAACUCCGCUCUCUGUACGAGAAGGAGGCUGCGGACGUCCGCACGCUCGAGUCUCAACUCACAACUGUGAAGAAUGAGAACAAGAAACUGCAGGCCGAAUGCGCCAUGAUUGACGCGAGCUAUCAGGAGCUGCAAAACCAGCACCGCCAGCUCCUGACUGCUCUGCAGGCGGAUCAGCAGGAGAACGCGAAUCUUAAGGAGAAGAUCAAGCUCGUCAAUGCAGAGAUCGCGCAGCUGAAGCCGCAGAUCGAGAAGCUGAAGUCGGAAGCUCGGCAGCAGAAGGGGUUGGUCGCCAUCAAUAAGAAGCAACUUGCCACGAGCGAAGGCGAGCGCGACAAGCUGAAGAACGAAGUUGAUGAGCUCACCCGGACGAACGAGGAGCUGUCCAGGCAGAUUAGCGCCAGCAGCUCGCCCGCUCCGGCCCAAGUGUCUAGCCCUGCCUUGUCUACUGCGAGUGUUAACAACCCUUUUUUCAGGCGGACGGGCAGCACCGACAUUACAUCCCCCUCUGCUCCUCAGCUGAGGCCGUUUACCGACAAGUCGUUUGACGACAUCUUUGGCUCUUCGUCUGUUCCGAACCCUGUGCCCGCUCAGAACACCGGCACGUCAACCGGCUCGAACGGCUUCGCCACGCCAUCCUCAGGCAGCCCCAAUGUCAGCCGUCAGCCGACCGGCGCCGAAGUGCCAGCUACAUCGGCGGAGGCUCCGAAGUCUACCUCCGCUUUCUCCUCGCUCCCUGCUGAUAACGCCGAGUCUCUGAGCACCUCUCGCCAGGCGCCCCCUCUUAGCAGGACUGACACCAGCCCAGAUGGUCCAUCCCUGGCCCCUCCUGCCCAGAUCGAGCCUGCUCAGAGCGAGCCGGCCAGGCCCUCCACCGCGGCCACAUCUGCGACGGAGAACAAGCCUGCUACCUUCAGCAGCCCUAGCUCUCCUGACAAUAAAGAGACGGAUCCGUUUGCCCUUGCGGAGCAAGAGCGGAAGGCUAAGGAGGACUUUGAGUCGGCGUUUGCCAGUUUCAAGAAGGCGCGAGCGGCUAACAACCCUGCCGUCUCGUUUGCCCAGUUCAACGCCGAGUUCCCUCCUAUAUCGGAGCUGGAGCGUGACGAGUCGGAUUCGGAAAGCGAGCGGGGCGGAUUCGAUGAUGACUUCGCCCCUCCCUCGCCGCCAAAGGCACCUCAGCAGAGCAGCACGGGUUCGAGGUCGGCGUCGCCUACACUUACCAAGUCCACGCCGGAUGCCACGGCCAGUGCGGGUGCUGAGCAGGCUGGCGCGAGCGACAAGCCAUCUUCUUCUGCCGUGUCCUCCACAAAUCUUAACAAUCUUAACAGCUCCCAUGUGAAUGACAUUUUCGGAUCUGCCGCCACUACUUCUGCCCCUGCCACUACACAGGUGACUUCUAGCAAUACUAGCCGCCCUGCCACCGCCAAUACUUCCUCCAAGGCCAAUGCCUUUGAUGAUCUAGACGACGAUUUCGAGGGGCUCGAGGAUGCCAAGGAAGGAUCUGCCGACGACGACUUUGCUAACAUUUCCCGUUCCGGCUUCGACGAUUUCAACCCUGUGUUUGAUAGCAGCCCGCCACCGAGCCAGCCUAAGCCCGACUCGUCCCACAGCGCCUUUGACAGCUUCGACUUUGGCUCCUUGUCGAGCGCCUCGGGCGCAGCUCCUGGCUCGUCACAGCAGUCGCAGCCGAAGGAGCAGCACGAUUGGGAUGCCAUCUUCGCCGGUCUUGAGAACGCUGCCUCGGCGUCGCAAAAUCUGGCUAGCACCGUCACUACCGGCGCGGAUGCCGGCUCUUCUGCUCCUAAGGAGUCUGCUGCAGCUACAACUGGUGGUGAUAACAGCAAGACAGAUGCCGGAGCUCCUGCCGGACCGUCCUCUUUGUCGGCAAGGCCCGAUACGCCGGUUCGCCGUGCGUUUAGCGAUGACGGCGACAACGGCGAGAACGACCAUCCAGAUGUGAAAAAGCUCACCAACAUGGGGUGGUCGCGCAAGGACUCGAUCGCUGCGCUGGAGAGAAACGAUUACAAUAUGGAGAGGGUGAGUCAGACCUACUAUGGCAUCAGCAAGGGUAGUACCAGCAGCAGCAGAUCCCGUGAGAGUGGCAGUAAUCGAAGAGUGUGGGGUUGA